GGUCCUUGACACACACAUUGUGCAUUUGUACCAUAUAACAUACGGAGACACAGACCCAGAAAUGGCUUCUCAUCUCUCCCUCUCCCUCCUCCUCCUCCUCAUCUUCUCCAGACUCUCAGGUGCUUAUCGUGUGUCUGUGAAGACAGGAGGCUCCACCACCAUCCCAUGUCGGUAUGAUCUGAAAUACAAAACACAUGUGAAAUACUUGUGUAAAUUAGAUUUUUUGAAAAGAUGCUCCCCUGAUGUAGAUACUGAGAGCAUACAUAAGGCCUCAGUCUAUGAUGACAUCAAGAAGCAAACCUUCACUGUGACCAUGACUGAUCUGGAGCCAGUGGACUCUGGACUUUACUGGUGUGCUGUGGAGAUCAUUGGUGGAUCAAAUGUCAUGAUAGAAAGAUUCCAACUAUCUGUCACUCCAGGUACUCCAAAACUCUAUGUGGACCAAUGGGAGGUGACUGGAGUUGAAGGAGGGAGUGUCAUUGUAAAAUGUUACUAUAGUGACACUGGAAAUAGGAAGUGGUGGUGCAGGAUUGGUGUCAAUUCUUCCUGUGAGAGGAAUUCUACGACUUUAGAGACCAGACAGCAGACCACUGAUGCCACCAGAGGAAACGUCUUAACGGUGACUAUGAGUGGUUUGAAGAUGGAGAACACUGGCUGGUACAGGUGUGGAGGGGGAGACUUUAUGAUGCCUGUUCAAAUCACUGUCAGACAACAAACCACCACACAAAGUACCUCUACUAUGACCACAACCCAAGCUCCAACCACUGAACAAUCCUCUUUCUCUCCAACUGCUGAGCCUGUUCAGACUGACAACACAGUCCAAGGACCUGAGGGAGGCAAGGAGAAGGACACCAUGGGUUCCAUACAUCUAAAAGUCCUACUGAUUCCUCUGGGCAUGUUGGUGGUGGUGAUGGCUGGUGUCCUAGUCACAUGGAAGAUGUGGAGAAAGCAUAAGGACAAUAAGGCCAUGGACCAGACAACAAACACCUCAGUGGUAGGCUACACUCAUGUUCCUCUCAUCUGACUCAAGGCCUUGUGGGUAAUCCACUGUCUGUGAAAAAUGAAAGACAUGGCCAUGGACAGGACAUCAGAUGGACUUAAAUCACACGUUAACUCUUCAGCAACAGCUUCAUGUCCAUUGUAACUGUACAAUUUAACCAUGUUAACUCUAUAUUUACAGUCAAUGUUACAUACCCAGGACUGUUGAGACAGUGUGAUGUCAGUUUGUCAAAGUGGUUUACAGUGUAGAGCUAAUAAUAGGAUAUGAAGAACAGUCACUGGUUAAAGUACCACUCCAGAUAUUUCUGAACUAUUCCAGUUGAAACAUGAUAUUCCAAGUAUAGGUACAGUAAAGUACACAUACUUAAAGGUAAAAAAUAUAUUCUGAGUAAAAUAGUAAAAUAGUUUGUAGGCGUAAUUGCAAAAUUCAAGGUUUUGCAGUCCUUCUGGGAAGAAUAGAUAACCAAUUGAGGACAUCAUUUGUAUAGUAAUUCAGGUGAUAAAUGUUGUAGGGAGGCUGGAGUGGGUCUUUCAGGUGAUUUCCUGGUCAGCUUCGCAGACAUUGUUGGCCUAUGUUGCUUCUCUGUCCUGUUCCUAUUUGACCUGGUAUGGUAUGCCAGCAGCAUACACCCCUGCAUCCCACUGCUGGCUUGCUUCUGAAGCUGAGCAGGGUUGGUCCUGAUUGGUCCCAAGAUGGGAGACCAGAUGCUGCUGGAAGAGGUGUUGGAGUUGCCAGUAAAAGGCAUUAUUUCCUCUGGUCUAAAAAAAUAUCCCAGUCUUUCGGAUGGGUGUCCUGACUCUCUGUGGUCACUAAAGAUCCCAUGGCAUUUAUUGUAAGGAUAAGGGUGUUAAAUGGUUCGGGCUACGCUACAGCAUACAAUAACAUUGUAGAUGAUUCUGUGCUUCCAUCUUUCUGGCAACAGUUUGGGGAAGGCUCUUUCCUGUUUCAGCUUGACUGGCAUGCACAGAGCCCUGACCUCAACCCCAUCAAACACCUUUGGGAUGAAUUGGAAUGCCGAUUGCGAGCCAGGCCUAAUCGCCCAAAAUCAGUGCCCGACCUUACUAAUGUUUUUGUGGCUGAAUAGAAGCAAGUUCCGGCAGCAAUGUUUCAACAUCUAGUGAAAGCUUCCCAUAAGAUUGGAGUCUGUUUAUAGCAGAAAAUGGGGGACAAACUCAAUAUUAAUGCUCAUUAUUUUGGAAUGAGAUGUUUCAACAUGCUGGGGUCCACAUACUUUAGGUCAUGUAGUGUAUCUGUUACAUUAGUUAUGCCCCUCCUACCUACUCCACUGCCCUUUUCCUUUGUCACUUUUU